AGCAGAGCGGCGGCCAGCUCCGGGGGCGGGCAAAAGAGCGCAGCGCAGCCCCAUCGGUCAGCGGAGCCGACGGAGCUGGGAGCCGAGCGCGGCUGCGGGAGGCGGGCGAGGAGUGCAGGUGCCGCCGGCUGCGCCAUGGACGGACCGCGCCUGCUGCUGCUGCUCCUCCUGGGGGGGUCCCUCAGUGAGGCCAAGGAGGCAUGCUCCACAGGCCUGUACACCCACAGCGGUGAGUGCUGCAAAGCCUGCAACCUGGGUGAAGGUGUGGCCCAGCCCUGCGGAGCCAACCAGACCGUGUGCGAGCCCUGCCUGGACAGUGUAACCUUCUCGGAUGUGGUGAGUGCCACUGAGCCAUGCAAGCCAUGCACCGAGUGUGUGGGCCUGCAGAGCAUGUCGGCACCGUGCGUGGAGGCUGACGACGCCGUGUGCCGCUGCGCCUAUGGCUACUACCAGAAUGAGACCACGGGCCGCUGCGAGGCGUGCCGAGUGUGCGAGGCAGGCUCCGGCCUCGUGUACUCGUGCCAGGACAAGCAGAACACGGUGUGCGAGGAGUGUCCCGACGGCACGUACUCAGACGAAGCCAACCACGUGGACCCGUGCCUGCCCUGUACCGUGUGCGAGGACACCGAGCGCCAGCUGCGCGAAUGCUCACGCUGGGCCGACGCAGAGUGCGAGGAGAUCCCUGGCCGCUGGACCACACGGUCCACUCCCUCAGAGGACUCCGAAGGCACACUCCCCAGCACCGAGGAACCUGAGAUGCCUCCAGAUCAAGAUGUCCUAGCCAGCACAGUGGCAAAUGUGGUGACCACAGUGAUGGGCAGCUCUCAGCCCGUGGUGACCCGAGGCACCACCGACAACCUCAUCCCCGUCUACUGCUCCAUCCUGGCCGCUGUGGUCGUGGGGCUGGUGGCCUACAUCGCCUUCAAGAGGUGGAACAGCUGCAAGCAGAACAAGCAGGGAGCCAACAGCCGGCCCGUGAACCAGACGCCCCCACCUGAAGGAGAAAAGCUCCACAGCGACAGUGGCAUCUCUGUGGACAGCCAGAGUCUGCAUGACCAGCAGCCUCACACGCAGACAGCUGCAGGCCAGGCCCUCAAGGGUGAAGGAGGGAUGUACAGCAGCCUGCCGCCGGCCAAGCGGGAGGAGGUGGAGAAGCUGCUGAACGGCUCUGCGGGGGACACCUGGCAGCACCUGGCCCGAGUGCUGGGCUACCAGCCUGAGCACAUAGACUCCUUCACCCAUGAGGCCUGCCCGGUCCGCGCCCUGCUCACCAGCUGGGCCACCCAAGACAGCGCGACGCUUGAUGCCCUCCUGGCUGCCCUGCGCAGCAUCCAGAGAGCCGACAUUGUGGAGAGUCUGUGCAGCGAGUCCACAGCCACGUCCCCCGUGUGAGCUCACCCAGGAGCCCCUGUCCUGCCCCAACAUUCCAGCGACUGAUGUUCCAGCUGAUCCCCAAGGGCCAGUGUCAGAGCUGAGCUCCUCUGGGCAGGGCUGUGGAGCUCUGGCCCCUGAAUCCUACAGCUCUGUCACUGCUCCCACAUGCCCCCCUCACUUCUGGUCACCCUCCCUCUCCUGUGCUGGAAGAGCCCCUGCUGCCUCUCCUACCUGGCCACCCCAUUCCCCCCCCAUGUCAGGCCUUCUGCUCCCUUCUCUCCAUACUUGGAGGUGGGUCAGCCCCUCUCACCUCAGCAGGUGUCAUAUGUUGGGAGGGGGUGAUGACACCAGGGAUGGUGAGUAAGUCCCAGGACUCAGAGGGAGAGACUGAGAAACCAGAGUCAUGGACUCUACACUGUGAACUUGGGGGGUGGGAUAUCUAAGCGGCCUAAACCCUCCCUUAACCCCCUCCCCCUCUUCCCUCUGGCAUAAGGUGAAGAGGCCCAGAGGCCUGACGGAGCUGGAAGAGGAGGUUGAAAUCCAGUCCACCACUCUCUCAUUUUACACAUAGGACAGCAAGAUCCAGGGAGAGGCAGUGGCUUGCCCAAAGCCAUCCAAUAAUAGGGGGGUCAGAUGUGGGCUGGACCCCUCCUCACUGAGCAGGGGACAUAGGCCUCCAGUUUGCUUGUGUGGCAGCAUCCCUCUGGGGAAUGACUCAAAGCCAAAUCCAGUCCACCCCACCUCCCGGUCCAUCCAAGUCCCGUGGGAAUGAGAUGCUCCCCACAAGGCCUGGUAUAUAGAUUCACCAUCACCUGAGCAGGUGCUGGGUUUGUGGAAAGGGGUGCUGCUCCUUUCUGCCUGUGCCCUUGGGCAUGUCUGCAUGGCAUCCAUGGGGUUGAUGUUGAUGCCCUGUUCUGGCACAUACCCAGAGCCAACACAGAUGACAUGUUUCCCUGGAGUCAGUCCUGGGGUCAGAAUAAGGAUCACCCACUAGCGACAUACACACACACACACACACACACACACACACACACACACACACACACACACACACACACGAUGAGCAAGCACACUUUUCUUCCUGAGUUCCUUCACUCUGGCUGGACUGGAUCCUGCCCAGGGCAGCUGCCAGAGAAGUGAGGAAGGGAACUGAAUUGUGAUUGCCCCUUCCCUUGCCCUCAGGUUUGACCAGCCCAGGAGGCUGAUGCUGGAGCUGGUGUUUGUCUUCCAAGGCUUGCACAUGGAGGAAUGCACCCUGCCUGCCCACUGACCAUCUGGGCUUGGCAUGAAGGUUAUAGCAAAGACAAGUGAGAAGGAACUAAGCUAGACGGUGGCCUGCAGAAGGUCUCCCCAAGUUUGGAGGGCCCUGUCUUCUAGGACUUUGUCUUCCUUAGCCUGGUACCAGAAAGGGGUCAUGGGGGGGGGGUCCUGAGACCCUUUCCUUGGUCUGUUCUGUACUGCUUGAUGUUGGAAUGAAUGUGGCUUCCCUCUGUUUAGCAUGAUCAUGCCGGGCAGGGCGUGCACAGGUGGUCAUCCCUACCCCAGCCAGGGUCCUCCCAGUGGAAGGGACUGGGAGCGCUGAACAUUUGAACUCAGCCUGUGUUGGGAGGAGAAAGCUCACUUGCUGGCCCUUCACCUAUGCUUAGGAGGAGUGGGGCCAAGUGUGAGCCUAUUUAUUUCCCCUUCCCCAUGGAUGUUGGGGAGGGGCUUGGGGUGUUGCAAGUAUGUUUUAGCAUGUGUUUGGUUCUGGGCUCCCUCUGCCACCCUUUGGGCUGAGAUGGAGCCCUUUUAGCCCCCCCAGCCAGGGGCUGUGAGCUCCACAUUCCCUGUCACCUGCCCCUUGCAUCCUGUAUAAUCACCCCCUGAAACCUACACAUAAAAAACAUAAGUGAUGAACAUUAAAUAGCAGAGAAGAAAAAAUGCAUGUGGCUUGUGUAUGGCCCAGGGACCCAGGUAUCAUUCGUAGUUCUGUGAGUUUCUUUCCUAGUCUCUUUCCACUCGAUAAAAUGGGGGCAUUUUAGCAGAAACGCAGCAAAUUCACAUAUGCAGCCAUGGAGCUCCUUUAUGUGGGAUAGGGGAGGAGCACGGGGCUCUUUGCCCCCAAAUCUUGGAGAGGGAAAAUGAAAAUGGCCAUGUGGGAAGCUGGCCAGCUGUGAACUUUCACCAGAUGUCAGAAGUGACCACAAAGUAGC